AUGAAAGAUUUUGCCUUGACUCCAACAAAAAUCAUGAAAUUUCUUAGCUUUAUAUUACAAACAGAUGAAAAACAAGAGCCGAAAAGAAAUUAUGAUAUGCACAUUAAUAAAGCCAUGGAAAAUAAUUUUCUUUUAAAAUUAAUUGCAGAUGGAGACGUGACUCGAGAUUAUGUAUCGAACGAAAUUCAAUUUCCAAGACACAAAAUUUCACUUUCAAUAAAUUAA